GUGAAUGGCUCUCCAGUUGGACUUGCUCUGUCCUUCGCUCUAGACGCUAUUCUCUCUCGUCUCUCACUGCCGACCCUUGUAAUCUUAUUCAUUUCGGAACGAAAAAUCGCCAAACAAGUUUGUUAUUUCUUCCUCCUCCAUCACCACCACAUAAGCAGACGCCAAAACACACAGACGCAAUUAUAUCCACGUCGUUGAUUCUUCUUCAUUUCGGAUAAAGCCAAUUUGUCGUUUUCAUUCUCUCCAUCGUUGGCCAGAUUUCAUACAAAUUUGGUUUUCCCAGGCCGAAAAAGGUUGAUUGAACUUUUCGUUUGUUUUGUAAUCGCCUUCCAUUUCUGACCGUCUCGUAUCCCGUCAGUGAAGAGUGAUCGUCGGGAGUCGUCCGUCAUUGCCUGUAACAACAACAACGAGGCGAACGAAUACACAAACACGCUCUAAACAACAACAACAACACACACACACACAAAAUACGCCAUCAAUCGGUUUCGAUCCUCUCCAUCAGUUUCUCUCUUCAUCAAUUUUUUGGUUUUUAAAUCAAAUUUUCGUUCCUUCAUUGUUGUUUGUUAUCGGCCCGUCUUGUUUUAUUUUUUCGUUCUUUUUUGGCGUGCGCUGGGCCCCCGCCUGUCCCACGCGCUCUGUGGUGAGUGGCUUUAACCUAGUCCCGUUUUCUCGCCCGUCUUCUCGGCUUCGUGAUUGAAGUGACUCAUUAUCGGUCAAGAAGGGGGCAGUCGGUUGUUAACUGGUGGCUGAUUGCAGUCGAUCAAGCGCCCUCGAACAGUGCAGUGAUGUAAUUCGAUCGCCGUCAGUUUUUCCCUUUUUUUUGAACGAGACACGAAGAAGAAGAAGAAGAAAAAGAAGUUCUUUUUUAUUUUUGCCAAGCGGAGAAAUUUAUAUAUUUAUCAUCAGACUUGUCAUCAAGAACCGUUGCAACGAUAACGAAACUCAACUUGCAAACCCAAACAACAGAAGAGAGAAAAAUAAAUAACGGAAAAAGGAAAAAAAAAAUGAGGUCCGCAGUGUUUCUGUCGUUCGCCGUUUGCUUCGUGUCGGUCAUCGCGGCCAUUCCGGUUGUGCCAUUUUCAUUCGACGAUGUUCAUCAAGCUGAUUUGGUGAAACGUCUGGCUGACUACGAAGUGGUGGUGCCCAGGAAAGUGUCGGAGCAAGGGCAACUGCUGAGUCACCACCUGACACACCAUUACGACGGGGCGUCUCGCAGGCAGCGGCGACGUCGACGCCAAGUGGAUGACGGCGACGGCGACGACGUUCACUAUCGACUGGAUCUGUCCGGCCGUGAGAGGCAACUUCAUUUGAAACCCAACGAUCGACUUCUGGCGUCGGCCUUUGUCGUCGAGCGACGCCAAGGACGCAACGUCACCAAUCACCGACUAGCGCCGGCCAGGCACAAACAAUGCCACUACAUCGGCCGAGUCAAAGGACAUCCCGAGUCGACAGUGGCCGUCUCCACCUGCAACGGAUUGACGGGCUAUGUGGCCAUCGGCGGCGAAGAGUACAUCAUCGAGCCGAUCAAAGGACAUCCGAACGCCAGCGCCGACCAGCAGCAGCAACGAGAGCAUCCGCACUUGAUUUACAAGAGAUCGGCCCUGAGCGCGGCCGACGACGAAGAGGAGGCCAGCCACGGCCACGACGACGGACACGGCACUUGCGGCAAUGACGAUUCCGUGGAAAUGGCAAUCCGCCAGCGAGAAAAGUGGCAGGAAACGCAAUCGGAGCUGGCCGGAGAAAGGGGUCAGCGGCAUUCCAUCCGCAAGCGAUCCGUCAGCUUGGAGCGCAACGUCGAGACUCUGGUCGUAGCUGACCAGAAAAUGACGGAAUUCUACAGCAACGAAGACAUCGAGACCUACAUUCUCACUGUCAUGAACAUGGUUUCAGCUUUGUACCGCGACGCCAGCAUCGGGAACGCCAUCAAUAUCGUCAUGGUCCGGCUCAUGUUACUCGAGAAUGAAGCUCUGGAGGAGGGUCUCGACAUCAGCCAUCACGCCGACAACACGCUCAAGAGCUUUUGCAAGUGGCAAGCGACCAUCAAUCCCGAGACGGACGACCAUCCCAACCAUCACGACGUGGCCAUUCUUCUUACCAGGUACAACAUUUGCACCCGCGUCAACGAACCGUGCAGCACAUUAGGUCUGGCUGAAGUAGCUGGCAUGUGCCAGUCCUAUCGGUCGUGCAGCGUCAACGAGGACACUGGCUUGUCAUUGGCCUACACCGUGGCUCACGAACUCGGACACAACUUCGGAGCCCAUCACGACGGACCGACCAACGGGUGUGAACCCUUGUCCGGGGAUCAGCAUGUCAUGUCGCCACAGCUCAGCUCAGACGCCGGACCUCUGGUCUGGUCCAAUUGCUCGCGCAAGGACAUCACCCGAUUUCUCGAUCGCAAUUGGGGAACUUGCCUGGAAGAUUCGCCGUCUGAUCACGAGUUUCACUAUCCGGAACUGCCGCCGGGCGCCAUGUACAACAUCGAUCAUCAGUGCCGGCUCCAAUACGGACCCGAAACCAUGCACUGCGCCGGAAUGGACGAGGUGUGUCAAACUCUUUGGUGCAAGCUGCCAGAUAAUCGAUGCGUCAGCCGACUGGAACCGGCUGCUCCUGGAACGUCCUGCGCCAAACAUAAAUGGUGCAGUAACGGUCACUGCGUUCAAAUGGGUGACAGACCUCAGGUGAUUGACGGCGAAUGGGGUGAAUGGGGGCCCUGGUCCGACUGCACCCGAACAUGCGGAGCCGGUCUGGCUUCAUCCGCACGACUUUGUGAUAAUCCAGCUCCGGCUCAUGGCGGCAAGUACUGCGUGGGCGAACGACGACGUUACCGAGUCUGCAAUUUAGACCCUUGCCCGGCUGACGGCCCCAGUUAUCGAGCCGUGCAGUGCUCGGCGUUUGAUGCGACACCUUACAAAGGCGAAAACCACACAUGGCUGCCCGUCCAAAUGAAAAGUGCUCCGUGUCAAUUGCACUGCAAACCAGAAGGUCAAUUCUUCUCUGUCAUGCUUUCGGACAGUGUGGUGGACGGCACGCCGUGCAAUCCCGGCACGCGUGAUAUGUGCAUCAAUGGGGUGUGUCGGCGCGUCGCCUGUGACUGGGGAAUCGACUCGAAAGCUCAGGAAGAUCGUUGCGGAGUUUGCCAUGGCGACGGCACCCAGUGCAACACCAUCCGCGGUAACUACACCGAGCCCGAUGGCAUCGAUUACAUCGAGAUGGUGGUCAUCCCCAAAGGAGCUCGAAACAUUCGCUUCGUUGAAGCCGAUGAAGCCGCCAACUAUAUCGCCAUUCAGUCGGUCGAGACCAACGAAUAUUACCUCAACGGCCAGUGGACGGUUCAAUGGUCGGGUGAAUACCGAGCCGGGGUCACUCUCAUUUAUUAUCGACGUGAAGAAGAGCUGGAUGAGAUUCACAUUCCCGGACCUUCAAUGGAAGACCUCCGGUUCUUGCUGUUGUACCGAGUGCCCAAUCCAGGCGUGAGUUACGAAUACACGGUUGCCAAUGAGAACAUUACCCGGACGCCGGAAUUCCGUUGGGAGUACAUGGACUGGUCCGUCUGCACGGCCACCUGUGGGGGUGGAACACAGGUGUCUCAGCCCAAGUGCAUGGAGAAGGAAGCCGGACUGGUCGAGGAAACUUACUGCGCUGCACUAGCGAAACCGGAAGAGAAAUCGCGUAGCUGCAACAAACAAUCGUGUCCGCCCAGAUGGUGGGUGGGCCCUUGGCAGCACUGUUCCAUCACGUGCGGCAAAGGCCGUGGACUCAGGAAACGGACGGUCAUUUGUGUUCGUUCUCUUUCGGAUGACGAGCAGAUGGCCCUUCACGACGCCGACUGUCCGGUCAACGAUAGGCCGACAGAGGAAGAUGCCUGCGAGCCUUUGGCACCGUGUCCAGGUGAAGCCAGCUGGGAAACCGGAACUUGGUCCAAGUGCAGCGAAGAUCCGUGCGACAUUCAGAGAAGAGAAGUCCUUUGCAGCGUCGUGGGAGGCGCUUGCGUCCAGGCCCUCAAGCCGGUCGAAGAGCGUCAAUGUGGCAAUAUCAUUUGUGGAAAUUGGACAGUUGGAACUUGGUCCGAGUGUUCUUCUUCAUGCGGCGACGGAGUCCAAUUCCGACGAGUAUUUUGCGAUGGCGGAUUGAAAUGCCGCGAUCUCCUCGAACCGGAAUCGAUUCAGAAGUGCCGCGGACUAUGCCUUAACGCCGAAUUGAGUGGCGACGCUCUCAAUGGCACAUUAGAAAAUAAUCGAAGCAUCGAUCCCCUUUUGGGCGCCAGCCCCCAUUUAAUGGAGCCGGAUAUUAACAACGAUAUGCUGAACCUUCUCAUCCCUUCGGCUUUGCCCAGCACCGUCGGCGUGGCCAAUGAUCGACGGCCGGAUUUCUACGUCGAAGAUAAGAUUCAGCCCGAGAACCUCAAGGUGAUGGAGAUGCAGAUAGUAACGGCUGAUCCUCUGGGGUCGGCAAGACCGGAAUUGGAUACAAACGAUGUCGAACUGGCCGACGAAGCCUUCCAGGGCGGCCACAGCUACAAGAAAAUGUCCAUCCACAUCGGCGAAGACGCCGCCCUCUUCUUGGCCAAGAUUCAAGUGCAGUCGGAUCAACCGGACGAAUCUAAAGCUUCCAUCGACGUUUCCAAGAUCAAGCCCACUUUCAAAUGGAAAAUUGGACUCUGGACUCGGUGUUCCGUUCGGUGCGACGGCGGGACCCGAGUGCGCGAUGUUAGUUGCUACGAGACGACCACCUCUACUUUGGUUGACGACGCCCUCUGCACUGACUUUAAACCAGAUGACGUUGAAUCCUGUAAUGAGAAUCCGUGCAUGGAGUGGGUAUUAACUCCGUGGUCGCCUUGUUCCUCUACAUGCGGAUCGGGGAUCAAAAAACGAGACGUCAAAUGCCCGGAGCAAGACAUGUGUAAUCCGGAUUCGAGGCCAAACGAAUCAAUGAAUUGCACCGAACGGCCGUGUGUCGACUGGGUCCCAGGACCAUGGAGCUCUUGCAGUGCGACGUGCGGAGGAGGGCAUCAAUUCCGCGCGGCCCAGUGCAUGGAUCGGCGCACUUCGUCGCCAACUGAAGGAUGCGACGCGCUCGAAAAGCCGAGACAAAGGCAGCGCUGCGCCAACGAUCCUUGCUCACGCUCUCAUCAUAGUCAGCACAGUAUACAGCACGAGGUUAAAGAGAGGCAGCGGGCUUGCCAGGACAAGUUGGACUCAAAGUUGUGCGCUUCGCUGAAGCACAUGUGUGGAAUUUAUUACUUCAAAGUCAGCAAAUGUUGCCGUACCUGCCGGAAGUACACCAGCGCGCAUCAGUCCCACUGACUGAUGGGUUAACGCAAUUCCAAGAUUGUCAUUCUUUUUGAAAAAGUUGUGACGAAAAACGCCACUUUUUGUCGCAUAGAAUGGGUCUGUCGUUGACGAGUCACCACAUCUCCAUCAUGGGAAUGUAACCAAAUUCUCUUGAGCUGCUUGAUUACAAGUUUAUUAUUACAUGCUUAUAAGCCAUCAUGGAUCGUUUGCUGUUAUUCAUUCCGUCUCAAAUGAUAAACGCUUCUGACUUAUUCGAUCAUUCUGCCCUCGCGCCCAGUUUCCCUUUUUCUAACAAAAUAUAUUAUUUCUACUGCCUUUCUGUUGACUUCUCCUAUUAUUUGGGUAAACACACAUUUAUUGUGUUGUUAAUCAACAUCCUAUGGAAUAAAUCCCCCCCCCCCCCCCUCCCCCAGGCCCCCACCGAGACCCCGAAAUUGUAUGUUUUCCCAUAUCAUCUUCGUCAUCCACCAACGACGGGUUGUCUAUAAACUGCUUAUUGUUCUUGUCGGCUUACGUUCAUAAAUCCUCAUUGAAAGAGUCUAAUGUAUGCAAGGAAGAUAAUACAUUUCGUUUGUUGACGGUCUCGCAA